GACGUGGUGCGUCGUUCAGCUGUCAACCGGCGGUUCAAUCGGAUGAUCCCGGGCGGGCGGAGCCAAGCAGGAGGAAAUGGUCCAGUUGGCUGGCUGCUUCAAGAAAACCGGCUCCGAGCAUCCAUACCCGGCAGUUUGAUCGUACAUCUUCGGUGCUUUCAGACCGUUACUACAACAGCAAUCGGGCAAAAAAACAUCAUUGAUUCGCUGGAAAACGUCAACAUUUGUCGCUAGCGAACGUUGCUCAUAAACCAAGCAACGCUUGUAUGCUGCAGUUUUCUAGAAAACACCUGUGAACGCCUCGGAGAUUAAAUAGCCGCACGGGUGCAGGAUGGAGACGCAGAUACAUGUGCCCGUCGGGUCGCCGGUAAUUAGAAAAAUCCCCAUUUCCGUGGACGAACACAACGUGACGGAGGGAGCGAUGAAGCUCAUUAAACAGCUGAGACCUGCGUGGGACACGAGCAACGUAAAAACCAAGCUCUUCACUGAUGGAACCACCAACAAGCUGGUGGGCUGCUACGUGGAGGACAGUCCAGAAGACGUGGUCCUGGUGCGAGUAUACGGCAACAAGACGGAGCUGUUUGUGGACCGAGACAAUGAGCUCAAAAGCUUUCAGGUGCUACAUGCUAAUGGAUGUGCUCCUCGCCUCUACUGCAGCUUUCAGAACGGCAUCUGCUAUGAGUUCAUGCAGGGGGACGCACUCGGGACGCAGGAUGUCAGAGAUCCUUCCUUGCUCAGACUGAUAUCCAGGGAGAUGGCUCGUAUCCAUUCCAUCCAUGCACACAAUGGCUGCGUCCCCAAACCCAACCUCUGGCUCAAGAUGCGAAAAUACUUCUCCCUUGUGGCCACAGAGUUCACCGACCAAGCGUCCAACGUCCGAAUCCAGCAGGAAGUCCCCAGCAAGGCGGUGCUGGAGCAGGAGAUGGUGUGGAUGAAGGAGCAUCUCUCCACUCUGGGCUCCCCUGUGGUGCUCUGCCACAAUGACCUGCUCUGCAAGAACAUCAUCCACAACAGCAAAGAGGGUCAUGUUCGCUUUAUAGACUAUGAAUACUCCAGCUACAACUAUCAGGCCUUCGACAUCGGCAACCACUUCAAUGAGUUUGCAGGAAUGGCGGAGCUGGACUACGGGCUGUACCCCAGUCGGGAGAUGCAGAUGGACUGGCUCAAAGUGUACCUGCAGGCGUACAAACUCUUCACCAUGAAAACAGAGGAGGUCAGCCCGCGGGAGCUGGAGACACUCUAUGUACAGGUCAACAAGUUCGCUCUGGCUUCUCACUUCUUUUGGGGCUUCUGGGCGCUCAUCCAGGCCAAAUACUCCUCCAUUGACUUUGACUUCCUCGGGUACGCUGUGCUACGUUUCAACCAGUACUUCAAGACCAAACCUGCAGUUAUGGCCCUGCAAAUCCCAGAAUGAGAGGAGGAGCGACAGCUGAGAGAAGACCGGAUUGAGGGUGGAACAGGUUUUAUGCUGUGACGUCCUGUAGGGUGGGAACUCUUCUCUGUGAGCCAGCUGUUGAUGGACCACUGCUUGGUCUUACUCUUUCAUCACAACUCUGGCUCAAGAAUGAUAAAACUUCCAUGGGUUGUGUGUAUGUGUGUAAAUGAGAGAGAGAGAGAGUGUUUAUGCUCAUGUAUGUUAGUGUUCUUAAUUUAUCUUGAUAAAAAACCCAACGUGUUUCUUUCCCUCUGAGAGCAACUGAGCACGGCAUAGUGAGCACGGCAGCCUACAUUUAGGGGUAGAGAUCACAGACGUGCUUUAAUAUCUGUCACUCUGGCCUAAAAUGUUUCACAGCGCUGGAAAUGAAGUUCCAAAGAGGGACAAGACUGUUGAAGGUUUGAUGCUGACAUUUACAGGUUGUCCUACUCUCUGUGUUUAGAAACUGACUACAGAGGCAUUUCACCUGUGAUUCCUCUGUGUGUGUGUGUGUGUCUGUGUGGACACCAUUCAUCCUCUGCAGAUAUUUUAACACUUUGACGUUGAUAUGUGCGCCCUCUCUCCUUUUUCUUUCCUCCAUCUUUUGAUGCCAAGUGCUCGUAGUUGCAGUAUUUCUGCACUGCACUUCCCAGAGAUCAACUGUGCAUCAAACACUGCGGGCGGUUCAUCUCUCCUCUGAUUUUGCUGAUAUUUUUCUGUUGUUGCAGUUUGAGCCUCUGUCAGUUAUUCCAAGCAAGCUGCUGCUGCUGCUAUUAGACGUAUAAAGCGAACUGUUCUGUGUGCUAGUGGACUUUUCCCCUGAAAGGACCUACCAGACACGGAGUGUGUGGGUCAGCAAAAGGAAAAGCUCUCCAUACACUGGCUGAAGGUUGCAUCACUAUUGUGUUAUAGCAAUCAGUGAUAGAGAGUAGCUAAAUGUGCAUUUAUUUAUUCAUGUAUGUGAAGACAUUAACAUCUCAGGUGAAACAUCUCCUCAGUGUGUGUUGCUUUGUGUUGACCUGGGAAGGGAUGUGAAGCAGGAGGGCGAGCUACGUGUUGGGUAAAGAGAGGGCACCUGUGUAAACGUCACUCUAAACUCUGUGUGCAUCUCUGCCCUCAAACUGUUUUCCACCUUCUUGACUUUUAUGGUUGCAGCGAAUCGCUCCGUUAAACUUUCCACUUAAACUUUCCGGACCUCUUGGAAAAACACAACCUCCGUCACCCCCCCACCCCCCCAUCCUUCCCUCCUGUAUGCCCUCCUGUGUCUGCUCCCUCCUCACAUUACUAUCUUUGAUCUCCUCCCACCACGGUUGGGUUACAUAUCUCGCUUGAGAUUGAAGCAGUAGCACCUGUUCAGAGACUGCUCUCAGCCCCACACUGUAAUCCAUUCACAUGCCAGAUUUGGAGCUAACAUUUUGUCAAUAAUAAUCAGACAUUGCACAAGUUAUAUCUGGGG